AUGUCUGGCGUCUGGGGCUGGUUUGGCGGCGGCGGCGGCGGUGCCAAGAAGAAGAAUGAUGCUAAAGAUGCAAUCCUCGGCCUCCGGGUCCAGCUUGAUAUGCUGCAAAAGAGAGAGAAACAUCUUCAGACCCUGAUGGAUGAGCAAGACACUAUUGCAAGGAAGAAUGUCAGCACAAACAAGAACGCCGCGAAGGCUGCCUUGCGUCGCAAGAAGGGCCACGAACACAGCCUUGAGCAGACGAUUUCUCAAAUUACGACACUCGAGUCCCAAAUCAACGCUAUCGAGUCGGCGAACAUCAACCGCGAGACGCUGUUGGCGAUGGAGAAGGCUGGCCAGGCCAUGAAGGGAAUCCAUGGCAAGCUCACAGUUGACAAGGUGGACCAGACAAUGGAGGAUCUCCGCGAACAGAAUGCGCUUAGCGAGGAAAUCGUCAACGCUAUCACAACGGGCCAGACCGACAACAUCAUCGAUGAGGAUCUGGAAGAUGAGCUUGAUCAAAUGCAACAGGAGGCUUUGGACGAGCAAAUGGUGGGCACUGGCACGGUACCGGUAUCAGAUCGCGUCCAUCAAAUGCCUGCCGCGGCGAACGGACCAAUCAAAGGCAAGGCGCAAGCUGCCGAAGAGGAUGACGAGGAGGCCGAGCUGCGCAAGUUGCAGGCGGAGAUGGCUAUGUAA